CUAAUGCACCACAUGCUAACAAGGAAAACACAGAGCUUUAAUGAAGGCAAGCAGCAGAGUUAUGGUGCAGGUGCUGUUGUUGGCAUUGCUGGCUCAGGUCACUCUGUGCCAGCACUGGUCCUAUGGAUGGCUACCAGGUGGAAAGAGAAGCGUGGGAGAGCUCGAGGCAACCAUCAGGAUGAUGGGCACGGGAGGAGUGGUGUCGCUUCCUGAAGAGGCGAGUGCCCAAACCCAGGAGAGGCUUAGGCCGUACAAUAUUAAUGAUGGCUCAAGCCAUUUUGACAGAAACAAAAGGUUCCUGAAUAAAUAAAGGAGCAUCAAAAAGAAGACAAACUGUAUUAUAAUCAACGCCAUGGACUGUCUACUCUGACUUCAGAUUUUAUCUUGUUUUCAACACAUAAAAUACAUGCCUAUAAUGUCAUUGUAAAUCAAUUAUAAUAAACGUUUGA